AUGGCACGCUCGCCGUUCCGGACAGCCCUGAUGUGGGCAGCAAUCGCGCUGGUGGCCGUGAGCUGUUUGGCCCAACCUGCCGCCGGCGACGACGCGCCUUUUCCAUCGAUACCAGGGUUCUCUUUCGACUCAACGGACUUCAAUGCGCCCCAGGCCCAGGGCAACCCACUCUCAUUCAUCUCCCAGGGGGAUACACCCUCUGCUCAGCCUGGUGACGGCAACGCAGCGGGUGCGGCCCCCACGGACAGCAAUCCGACGGCCCCGGCUCCUGCUGACAGCAAUCCGACGACGACUGCGCCCCCCACCAACAGCAACCCAGUGACCACGGCCCCUGCCGACGGCAACUCAGCGGCGGCUGCCCCCGCGAACAGUAACCAAGCCGCCGCGGCCCCUGCUGACAGCAACCCAACCACAGCGCCGCCCGCUGACAGCAACCCGGCGGCUGCAACCGCGGCCCCGGCUGCAACGGCGGCCCCGGCUGCAGCGGCGGCCCCGGCUGAAACGGCGGCCCCGGCUGCAACGGCGGCCCCGGCUGCAACCACGGCCCCGGCCCCGGCUGCAAGUGUGGCCCAGAGCGACCCAGCCACGUCCUCAGCCCAGAGCACCCCGCCGACCGUGCCAGUAGCCCAGGAGAGCAGCCCGCCGGCUUCACCCGUGGCGCAGAGCAGCCCGGCCCCUGCGCCCCCAGCUCAGGGCAACAAGUCCGCCACCGUCACGGCCGUCGCGGUCGUGCUGUCUGUCGUGUCGGUCUUGGUGACGGCCGGCGUCCUCUUCUUCCGCUGCUGCUGCGGCCGAUUCUUUGAGGGGAGGGCCAAGCCCGUGCUGCCGGUAACGGCCAAGGUCGCCGUGCCGGAGCCGGACGCAGCCCCCGCCCAGGCCGCAGAUGCGGCAUCUGCAGACGAACCCGAGGCGGAGUCGGGGGCGGAGGCAGAGGCGGAGGCCGAGACGAGCUGGCGGCGGCCGCCCCCGGCCAAUUGGCUGGUCUGA